AUGUCCACAUCAAUCGAGGAUGACGAGUCCACGCUGUCUGGAUCAUCAUCAAUAGCACCCGCCGCGCCGUCUUCAACCAUCUCUCUGUCCGACCCAACACCUGCACCGACAACCCUUCUGAUCGCCCCAUCACCUACCGAUGCCGAUGACCUCGAAAGCGACCACUUAUUCCCGCCCAUGACCACGCCCUGGACGGGCCCGGCUGCUUGCACAUGGACUUACGAUGCGAACAAGGUGCCAAAGUCUGGGAUGGAAGGUCUCGCCGCAAUGCUUGACCUGCAACCAAUUCCUGGGGCAAAAUCUUUGUCAUGUUAUCCGGAUGCCAUGUUUGACGAUGGCCUCACAGGCGUUUAUAGCCCGGGAACAUGCCCUCAUGGAUGGACUACGGUGUCACUGCGCGUGGACAGCAGCGAGAACCGGGAUGACGAGACUACGACAGCUAUAUGCUGCUCAUCGCAAUACACACUGGAUGGUAAUCUGUGCAGGAGAUCAGUGUCUUCGGUGAUAGCUGUUCCUUACACAUUCAACAGUACAGCACAGACUUAUGACGCCAUAUCAGACUCACCAACAACUCUGUACAGCGCAACAAUUGCAGUAUACACCAUUCGAGCUCUAUUCAAGGAUAGUGACAAGGAUGCACUUGGAUUAAAAGAUGAAGACGAUAUCCCAGGCAUUGAGAAUCACAGCGAGAUCCUGUCCCUGGGUGCACGCAUCGGCAUUGGCGUCGGUGUUGCAGUCUUUGUACUGCUAGCAAUAGGGGGAUUAGCAUUUUGGCUUACUCGCAGAGACAGAGUACGGACAGAAAAGAGACGGCCACACGAGCUCAACGCCGUGGACAGUAUGCGCCAUAACUCAGCAGGACCAGGUGACAACUUCUACGCCGCGGCUGAUGCCAAUCACCGACGAGCAAGAGACCGUCAAGCUACAGAACCUCCACCCGCCUACGAGGCCGCUACAGACUCAAACAGCAUGACGGAAAAUGAUAGUCGUCUGAGCGAGGAGACGGCAACACGGGACGAGGAGAUCAGAGCGUUGCAGGUCCAGAAAGAGGCGAUUCAGCGCCGGAUAGAAGAGCUGGAGCGAACUGAAACACAGUCGCAGGAAGACAACCGGCAAACUUGA